UGGGUGGUUGGUGGGGUGGCUCCCCAGGAAUGGAGGGAAGCCUGAGGGGGAGCAGUCCUCUAGUGCUGCCCACAGCUGUCCAGGCUCCCAGGCGUCCCCUGUGGUCACCCUGCUGUCCCCCAGCUUCCCCGGGACCUGCCUCUCAAGGACCACACUGCCUGCCCCUGCAGCCAGUGCCCAGAAGGCCCUAUCCAGCCUUGCCCAGGUCACGGCUCACACUUGGAGACUGCCGAUCUCUUGUAAAUGUCACCAAGGGACAGGUGUGUGGGGUCUGCUCCGUUUCAGCCUUGAGGGGUGACGUUCCCAGCGGAGCCGAGCAGCCAGGCCAGCACUGGACACCGGGCUGGGUGGACAAGGCAGAGCCGGACGGUGCUGCCAGGGGGACCUGGCCACAGAGGUACUGGCUGUGAGAGAGGGGAGGGGCGGGGGUGCACAGGCGGUGACACAUCUCAUUCCAGGUAGAGCCUGACCUUGGCAUCUGCCCCUCCUCUCAGAGCCCAGGGCCUUAGGAGCAGCCCUGGUUGGGCAGGUGCAGCUCAUUAGUGAGCACAGCCUGGCACACAGGAGCACCCACCCCAGAGCUGCAAACCAAACAAACAUCCUGAGUGUUCUCCAUACCACCUAGAACCUUUCUCUGGGGACACCUGGGAAGGAAGGGGCACUUUGGGGUCCCCCAGCCCUUCACGCCUCUGCCCAAGGUAAGCCUGAGGCUGGUGCUGAGCCCAGGGCCCUGAGCACACAGCCUGCCUCCUCCCCUCCAUGCUGCCCGGCCAGGGCCACUGAAGGAGGCUGGAAGCCCCUGCGGUGAUUCCUCAGAGCAGCAGGACUGAGGCCUGACCUAGGGCUCCCAGUCCUGGGCAGCAUCUGGGGUGCAGGUGGAGCCCACACCCAUCAUGAGUGACAUGGGGUUAUUAUGCUGUCACCAGGCUGCCUGGAAUUCUUCUCACCCUGGGAGGCGGCUUAUUAGGAAGCCCCACCUGCUGCUGCCAGUGGGCCUGUACCCACCGCCCCCAUUUCAGUGACCGUCCUAAGGCUUACCCUCAGGCCAGGAUCUGGGUUGGCAGCACCAGGCAUCCCAAGCAGCCAUGGGUGUCCAGCUGUAGGCAUUCAGGCCGCCAUGUGACAGCGCCACCCCACCUCAGCUUCAUGCCCACCCCGAUCCUGGGCAUGCUGCCCACCUGUCCAGGGGGUGCACUGCAGCCCUGCACCAGGGGGGCCCCACAGCUGGGCCUGUCCUGCCCCAGGGCUCUGGGGAGAGAGGGCCCCGGGCAGGCUGGCUCAGAGCACAGGGAAGACGGUCUCCGUCCGCCUGUGGCUGAGGACCAUGCCGUGGCCCUGCUGCAGUGGCCUGGGCCGGCCCAGCAGCCAGGUGCUCUUGGGACACCUCCUGCCCUGGCCUGGUCAGAUGACAGUGACGCUGAGGGGCCGGGGCUGAGUCCGAGGGGCACAGCCUGCAGCCUGCCAAUGUGGUCCGUCGGCCAGGAGGCCAGGGACAGGGACAGCUCAGUAUCCUCUGGGCGCCUGUCUGGCUCCUCAGGGGGCCAUGUGUCUCGUGCUCCUCCCUACUGGCCCUGGAAGGAGGGGCCAUCCCGGGUGCCAGGGUCACAGCGGCGGCCCAGAAAGAGUGACACACGGCUGGAGCGGCUGAGGGACCGGAUCCGCCAGCAGGUGCGGGGGCAGGUGAACUGCGCCUCCCUUGGCACCUCAGCCCCCUCCAGCGCCUCGCGCCUCUGUUCUGCCUCCAUGAGAACUGCGCCCCGUGGCACCUCAGCCCCCUCCAGCGCCUCGCGCCUCUGUUCUGCCUCCAUGUCGGCGCCCCAGAGGACCCGCAAGGUGACAGGCACGCUUCCAGCCCCCACACACCCAGGCUUUGGCAUCCACAUGACUGAGCCCCAAGGGGAAGGCCAGGCGCUGUCCCGGGCCACCCAGCACCGGGCUGCAGCUCCCCAGGACAAAACCAGAAGGACCAGGAGCCGCUCCUGCAGAAGGGACAAAGCCCCCAGGUUGCCCUUGCCCAGCAGAGCUGCCAAAGGGAAAGGCACAGCAUGGCUUUCAGACGGAAGAAUCUGUACAUGGGCUCUGCUGGGCGACAGGUCCCCAGAGGUGGGAAGCUCCUGGGGGCCACGUGACAUGUGUCUACCAGGUGGGCAGAGGUGUGACACUGGCCUUGUGUUGGCCGGCCGGGCAGGCAGAGGCUGUGCCAGGCUGGGAAUGAGCCCUCCACAUGCUGAGGCCCACACACUGGCCAUGCGUGUUCUUUCUGUCCAAGACCCCGAGUCUGUUGGUGUCCGUGCCUGGAGGAGAGGACAAGAGCUGGCCAGACUGCUGCUGGGGCCACCUCCUGCCCGGCCCACACUCCGGAGCACCGGCCCCACUAUGGGACUAGGGGACAGCAAGGCCACAGCAGCCAAGGGCUCAUUGGCCCACACACGGCCACACAGGCCCACUGCGGCCCUCAGUGACCCACAGGAGUCCGAGAACACAGCCUUCCUGGCUUCCCACGGACAGCAGGCAUCGAUCCAGAGCACCAUGGCCGUCCUACAAGGUCUCCGCCAGCAAACCCAGGCUAAGCUGGAACUGGCCCAGGGCCCUGAGGCUGGACAGAAGCGCAGGCCGUUGAAGCUGAAACCACAGAACCUGGGCCAGCGGGGUCCCUGGAGCAAGCAGCGCAAGCAGGGCGCCUUCCCACAGAGGCCUUGGGUAGUGACAGAGCAGACGCGCUCCUCCUCAGACAGGGCCAGGCGCUCCCCACCCCAGCACCCUGUGAGCACCUUGGGGGAGUGGGAACCCUGUCACCAGCAGGCCUGUGCAGCCGGAGGAUGGGACACCUCCUUCCAGAAACCUCCGAGUCCCCCCGAGAAGCUGAGCCCCUCUUCUCAGCGGCCUUGGAGCGCCCUGGCCGGUCAGGCCGGUCCUCAACGAGUCUGGGUGGACGGCGAAGACCGGGAGGUUCCUGUCCCCAGACCACGGCACCCUCUGGAAAGACCGUAUCCGGCCCCUCAGCACCCCUGGAGUGGCUCCUUCCUGCAAAGGGUUGGAUCUGCCUGCAAGGGCAGAGGCGCUGUCACCCCUCCUUCGAAAGCCAAGCAGGCCUGGCCACGGAGCCUACCAGGGAAGGAGCCGGGUACAGAGUCAUGCCCACCCCACCUGCAGCCCCGGGGGCUCUUGGGCCGGCCGCACAGCUCCGAGGCCCUGUGCGAUUUCAUGUACCAGAAGACACAGGCACGGUGGCAGCAGGCCCUGCAGCAGGUGGUUGCAGCCACGGACGCGCUCGAGCGGAGGAGCCAGCGGCUACAGGAGGUCUACCGGAAGCAGAGGGAGGCCAUGCAGGGCCAGGCGGUCCCUGUGGUCUCCCAGAUGAGCCCCGGCAUUGUCACCUUCGUCCCCAGUUCCGCACAGUCAGGGGUCCUGAAGGCCCCCAGGAGCCCGGAGCCACGAGAGCUGGGGCGGAGCACGGUGACGUCGGGGAAGGUCCUGGGGGACCAGGAGGUGCCGGGCAGCUUCUGUCUGUGUCUGAACAGAGCUUGGAACCGCCCGGAAAUGCCCCUGCCCGUGUCUGCCGCUUCCUCGCAUCCGGCCCGGGGGCUGCAUGUCUGCCUGGACCCGCAGCUGCACACGCAGCACAAGCAGGCCCGGCUGCAGGCGCUGGAGACCAUGGCCGACGUCCUGCAGCAGCGUGUUGACAUCCUGACCGCCAAGCUGCACAGGACCGAGGUGUCUGACACCGUGCCCACUGUCCCAGCCUACCCGGGGGCCUCAGUGCCCAGUGAAGACAGAGUAUCACUUCACGAUGGCUUCCUGGAUGUGGAGGUACUGCCUUGGAUCUCAGGCUGGGAGCCCUGGAGCCCAGAGAUCAGCCCCGAGAGCCAGCGCCAAGGUACCAUGCAGGAGGGAUGCUGGCAGCUGGAGCAGAGGCUGCAGGGAGACUCUGUGCCUGUCCAGGCCCCUGGAGCCGGUGCAGGGAGCACACUUGGGGCACCUGCUGCCCCGCACCCCACCUGUGGCUCCCUGUGGCUGGAGGACUUGCUGGCUGCCAGAGGGGAGGGCUUGGUGACGCCCUGGACCCCCCGGAGCUGUGCUGUCACAGGACCCAGGAGGAGAGCAGGUGAGAGCUGCCGACCCGCCCAGUGGCAGCCUCCACAAAGCAGUCAGAGCGGUCUCCUACCACAAGUGCCGAGCCUAGGACCAAGUUCUCCUGAUGGCUCCUGUCCUGUGAACCUGGGAAGGAACUGGGCCUGGGGUCCAGCCGGGAGCGCCUUGGGGUGGGCACAGCAGCUGUGUGUGGCCGGGGCUCUUCCUGAUGCCAGCCCCACCCCAGAGGUUGGGUGUUGGCCCUCCUCCUGCCUGUGCCUCAGUUUCCUUGAAGGUUGGAGAGGUUGUGGCCUGCUGUGGAGCAAGUGUCAGGGCUGCAAGGCAGAGAGAGGCCCAGAGCCUCACUGUCACUCACUGCCCACUCUGUGGCCCACAGAUUCCCAAGAGCCCAGAGGGCUGCACCCCAGAGGCCGAGGUGGGCACCUUGCUGACUUCCAGCUGAAGUCCUUGAGCUUCCUCGAGUCACUGAAGCUGGACCAGCGGAAGCAGGAGCAGGCUCUGGGGCUCCUGCGGCAGCGAGCGGAGCAGGAGGUCUGGGAGACACAGAUGGCUCUGGAUGGGCUGCUCUUCAAGCACCAGCUAGAGCGGCUGAUGGAGAAACAGGGGGCCCGCACCAGGCCAGGAAUGGACUCGAAGCUGGAGCAGCCACACGCCCACGUGGACCCAGAGCCCACAUCACUGGCCCAGAGUCCCAUGCCCCGCAGAACCAGGUCACCCCCAGCCCUGGGCAGAGAUGUCACCGGGUCCUUCCAGGAUCCUGAGGAGGGGCAAGCCAGUGCGGAGGGCAAGUUGGCUUCUGCAGGGCUGGCCUCGCUGGACACAGACCCCACCCAGCCGCCCCUGGCCCCGCUCAGCCCUCGGGACAGCCCCGAACACCAGGGGAGCUCGGUAAGGACCGGGAGCGCCAAGCCAGGAGCGGGCUUGACAGCCGGGCUGAAGCAGAGCCUGCGGGAGGAGGAUGAGCUGCGCGCGCAACACCAGGAAGCGCUGCUGCGCCUGCGCCAAAUGGCGAGAGAAGAAAAGGCCUGCGCCGGGCGGGCUUGGAUAGAGCACCUGCACGGGUGUCUGGGGAGCCGGGGCCACCAAGCCACAGGGGCUGCUCUGUUGGAGCGGACAAGGCAGACCCUCUGCAGGCUGGAGAAGGAGCCGGUGCAGAGGGAAGUCCGGGACCUGUGGAACCUGCACGGGUCAGUGCUCCCAGGCAGGCAGCAGCUCCUGCAGCACCACAAGGCCAUUCUCACAGUGCAAAGGACCCCGCCCCGGCCACAGAGUCCCAGCCCCAAAGUCAAGGCCACUUGGGAAGGCCCCUCAGAGACAGGCCAGCCGGAGGGAGCCCUGUGCCUCCCGACACCACACAGGCCUGGCAGCUCCACCAGCCCACAAGUCCAGAGAGGUCCUGAGAGUGUGGAGGUUGCAAGCCUGGCCUCUGAGCGGUGGGAGGGAACACCUGCGACAUCAUCAGAUGCCGACGGCCACCAGCAGUCUCCAAGGCUGGCCUGGGGAGAGGACACAGCCAAGGCCAGCAGCCCACCCAAGGAGAGAGGCAGCCAUGCAGACCAAGGGGACCCUCAGACGCAGCCUAGAGCUUGCUGGGCCGAGAAGAGGCCCCCAGCUCAAGUGGGUGGCUGCCAAGGACCCAGCCUGCGACGCCUGGGAGCAGACGGUCCUCACUGUCCCCAGGAAGCAAGUGUGGCUGGACUAGAUGCUGCCGGGAUCCCCACAGAGGAACCCCUGGAAGUGGAGAGCGGGCUACCUGGGGAGCAGAGGACAGAGGCCUGUCGGCAGAAGGACAGCAGCGCCCUCCUGGCCACCUCCCCAGGUGAUGCUUCUGCCCUCUCCAGGGCCCCCAGGCCAGCUCCUGCUGCCGUGGAAGAGGAUGCGAGAACCCCUGUGCACCUGGGCUCCAGGCCUACAGCUGGGCUCCCCUUGGAGUCUGCAGGGUCCCUAGCAUCGUCCCCCACAUCCUCAGCAGGUUCUGUGAGUGGUCUGUCCUGCUCCUCCCUCCAGGACUUCCAGAAAGCCACAGCUACUCUGGUCCAGCUUUCUGACAGCUCCCUCUCUGUGUCUGGCCCAGAGGCUGAGCGCAGCCAGGGCACCGACCCCAACUGGUCAGAGGAGCUGUCUGCUCACAAGGACUUUGGCUCAUCCUUGUUUGGGGGGCCCUACCAGGGUGAUCCUCAGCCAGAUGCUGUUCCUGGGGGUGCAGGGCAGGUGACCUGGCAGAGGCCAGAGCGUGGCCAGGCUGGUGCCCUGCCUGGCUCUCCGGACGUGGCUGUGGCAGAAGACUUAGUCCCAGAGCGGACCUUCCUGCAGGCAGGCUGGCCACUGCCUCCCCAAGAUGUCUGUUCUCCAAGGUCUGGCUCAGAGCUGUCAGAGGCCUCCAGCCAAAUUUGGGACGAGGGCAUUGAAGAGAACCUAUCAGAACCUGGUGCGGGGGCCGGGCCCACCUCUGGGAGCUCCUCGCCUCCUGGCUCUUCCAUCUUGGAGCACAGUGUGGUUGUACCUGCCUCGGGCCCCAGGCAGGGACAGGAAGCUUCUGGAACCAGCUGGAGCCUGAGCGGGGGGUCAGACACAGGGAGCACAGAGCAGGUGUCCCCUGAGGCGGCCUCUUCGAAUGACCUAGACCCAUCACUGUCAUUUCCUUCAGAGACUUCUGCAUCUGAAGGGGCUGGGGGCCAGGAGAGGCCCCAGGGUGCUGGCCUGAGCUUGUCCUCUGAAAGGAGUCCUCCACAGGCCUCUCCAGGGCCUGAGGUCCCCUGGGGGCUGGCAUCCCCUGUGGCCAAGCCCCAGGCCCCCCGAGUCCCAGAGCAAGCUUGCCCCCUGCACACUGCUGGUUUCCUGUCCUCUGUGGAUGGGGAACUGUCUUACGGCAGUGAGGACCUCCCACGUGCCCCCCCCUGGGCCACCCACCUCCCUCCACCGCCUCCCACUCCCCAGGCUGACAGUGACAGGGAUGAGGCCCAGCCCUGCUCCGAAGACUUCCCUUCCCCACCCCAAGAGGCCAUGGUUCCCCAAGACUCGCUGGGUCCCCAGCAGUCAGGGCUCAGCCUGGGGGCACCUGGGCCACAUGGAGGCCCUGAGGGUGAACUGGGUGGGUCAGGGCCUGCGGUGGGGAUGCAGGCUGUGGGUAGCCAGUGGUCCCAACAGGUCACCCGUCCAGAGUCACCCUUGGGUGAGGGGGUGGGCGUCAGUGGGGGGCUCCCCCAGGUAUCAGCACACUCCCUGCCUCCGUCCCAAGUGGCCUGCAUGGCAGGGGAGAAUGUGUCCAGGCUGUUGGUAGCUUGUGGCCCAGAUGUGCUGGGUAUGGGGCCCUGGGCCGAGGGCACCUCUGGCAGUCACCUUGGGCCCCAGGCAGGGGUGCAGUGCUUCACCAGGGCAGGGCACCAGGAAGGCUCAAGUUUCCUCCCAACUCCUCCUGGAGACCAGGCGGCCUGGGUAUCUCAUGGCCAGGCAGGGUCCCCCGGGCACACUGGUGAGGAGGGUGUGGACGGCCUGAGCCACUGGGCAGAGGACUCACUGGGCAGAGAGCUGCUCCUAGGGGAACACAUGGCCACCGGCCCCACCUCAGGCUCCUGCUCUGAUGUGGGCACAGAGAGGGACGAGGUGGUGGCCCUGGUGUCCACCCAGCUCACCCAGAGGAUCUUGUGUGACUCCAUGGCUGUGCUCUCAGGGCUGGCCCCUGGGGGCAGCCUCUAGUCCCUGCGAUGUUACUGUGUGUCUCAGUUGCCUUCCUCUCCUGCCUGAGACAAAAUACCUGCCGCCGGAAGUUAAGGGAGGAAGGGUUUAUUUAGCUCAGUUUGUGGAGGUUUCGGUCUGUGACUGGCUAGCUCCCAGGCAGAGGGGUGUCGCAGAGGAGAAGCUGUUUUUGGCGCCCACACAGUAGCCACAGCAGCAAGAGAACCUUAACAGAGUCUUUCUGCCCUUCUUACUCAAACUACUGGGAUUAGGGCAGUGCCAAGCCAAUCUGUGGACUGGUUUAGCAAUCACAACCCUAAUCCCAGCAUCAUACUAUAGAUCCAG